CACACACACACACACACACAGACACACACACACACACACAGUCCAAACCCCCAGAAAAGCCCAGCUGAAUCCUCAAACCGUCUGUCAGCAUGGGGAGCGCUUGUUUUUUCCGGGACGUUUAUUUGUUUAUCAUCCUCAUAAAUACUAGCAGGGUGAUGGGGAAUGUCGGACUCGCAGAUGCAGACGAGUGCGCAGAAGGUUCAGACGACUGCCACAUUGACGCCCUCUGUCAGAACACGCCAAAGUCCUACAACUGCAUCUGCAAGCCAGGCUACAAGGGAGAUGGCAAGCAGUGUGAGGACAUGGAUGAGUGUGAGAACGACUACAACGGAGGCUGUGUCCAUGAAUGUAUCAACAUACCAGGAAACUACAGAUGCACCUGCUACGAUGGAUUCAUGCUUGCCCAUGAUGGACACAAUUGUUUGGAUGUGGACGAGUGUCUGGACAACAAUGGUGGAUGCCAGCAAGUGUGUGUCAACACCAUGGGGAGCUAUGAGUGUCAGUGCACAGAAGGCUUCUUCCUUAGUGACAACCAGCAUACCUGCAUCCACCGCUCUGAUGAUGGGAUGAACUGCAUGAACAAGGACCAUGGCUGCGCCCAUAUCUGCAGAGAAGCUCCAGGCAAAGGCGGGGUGUCGUGCGAGUGCCGUCCUGGCUUUGAGCUGGCCAAAAACCAGAAAGACUGUACAUUGACGUGUAACUAUGGAAAUGGGGGGUGUCAGCACACAUGUGAUGACACGGACACCGGGCCAGUGUGUGGCUGCCAUCAGAAAUAUGCCCUGCACUCAGACAGCAAGACCUGCAUCGAGAAAGAUGAGGCUGCAAUUGAGAGCUCUGAAUUCAAUGCCACGUCAGUAGCUGAUGUGGACAAGCGGGUGAAACGGCGGCUACUUAUGGAGACCUGCGCGGUGAACAACGGUGGCUGCGACAGAACAUGUAAGGACACAGCCACAGGGGUGCGCUGCAGCUGUCCCGUGGGAUUCACCCUGCAGCCUGACGGCAAAACUUGUAAAGACAUCGACGAAUGCCAGGAGAACAACGGAGGCUGUGAUCACUUCUGCCGGAACACGGUGGGAUCGUUUGAAUGCAGCUGUCAGAAAGGCCACAAACUGCUCACUGAUGAACGGACAUGCCAAGACAUUGACGAGUGCUCCUUUGAAAGAACCUGCGACCACACCUGCAUCAACUACCCUGGCAGCUUCGAGUGCUUGUGCAACAAGGGAUACAUCCUGUACGGCCUCACUCACUGUGGAGACAUAGAUGAAUGCAGCAUCAACAAUGGGAGCUGUGAGUAUGGCUGCAUAAACACGCAGGGCAGCUACGAGUGUGUGUGUCCACCUGGACAGAAACUACACUGGAACAAGAAAGAUUGCAUCGAGGCGGUGAAAUGUCUGCCCAAUGGGAAGCCAGCACCCCGAGCCCAAUUGACGUGCACCAAGAGUGGAGGGGGAGAGGUCUGCUCGCUCUCCUGCCCCUCCAACGCUCUGUUCCUCGCAGAUUCAGAGAACAGCUACACACUGAGCUGCGGAGUUCCAGUUCAGCCUGGUAAAGCUCCUCAGAAGAGGAAUGCCACUGCUGCCCUACCCACCUGUGCCGACACACUGGCACCACCCAUCAAACAGAAGGCCAGGUUUAAGAUCAAAGAUGCCAAAUGUCACCUGAGGCCCCGUAACAAGGAGAAACACAGAGAUUCAUCCAAGCAGAACCUGCAAGGAGGCCAGUUCCCCUGCACCGACAACUGCCAGGUAACUUUUGUCAACUUCAAGUGUGACUCGUCUAAGAAGCGCCGUCGUGGACGCAAAUCACCUUCAAAAGAGGUUUCCCACAUCACAGCUGAGUUUGAGAUGGAGAUGAAGGAGGAGGAAGCCUCAGACUCGUGUAAUAUGGAAUGUGUUCGGGAGAGGAUGAAGCAGAAGCUGCAGAGCGCCAUGCGGACGCUCAGGAAGUCCAUCAACAAACAGCAGUUCUACAUCCAGUUCUCUGGGACGGAGUACGAGGUGGCUCAGAAACCGUCCAGAGUUCCAGAGGGCGCUGAUGCUUGCAGCACUGGGCAAGUCCUAAGAGAGGGAAAGUGUGUGAGCUGUGGAUUGGGGACAUUCUACAGCGGGGAGCAGGAGCAGUGCGUCCAGUGUCCUCCCGGUACGUACCAGGACACAGUGGGUCAGUUGUCAUGUGAGCCGUGUCCCAGCACUGAAGUACAGGGUAUCGCUGGAGCCAAGAACGUUUCUCAGUGUGGAGGUCAGUGUCCAGCAGGUCAUUUCUCUGCUGAUGGGUUUCGUCCAUGCCAGCUCUGUCCGCUGGGCUGCUACCAGCCUGAACCAGGCCGAGUCCUCUGCUUCCCCUGUGGAGGGGGCCUCAUGACCAAGUAUGAAGGAUCGGUCUCUUUCCGGGAUUGUGAGACCAAAGUGCACUGUGCUCCAGGACAUUACUACAACUCCAGUACCCACCGCUGUAUCCGUUGCCCAGCAGGAACCUACCAGUCUGAGUUUGGGCAGAACUACUGCAUCACUUGCCCCGGGAACACCACCACUGACUUUGACGGUGCCACCAAUGUCUCCCACUGCAAAAACCAGCUGUGUGGAGGUGAGCUGGGGGAGUACACAGGCUACAUCGAAUCUCCUAACUACCCUGGAGAUUAUCCGUCCAACGUGGACUGUGUCUGGACCAUCAACCCACCACACAAGAGGCGGAUCCUCAUUGUGGUACCAGAGAUUUUCCUCCCGAUCGAGGAUGAGUGUGGAGAUGUGCUGGUCAUGAGGAAGAGUGCCCUGCCCACCUCCAUCACCACCUACGAGACGUGUCAGACCUAUGAGCGUCCCAUCGCCUUCACUUCUCGCUCUCGCAAGCUCUGGAUCCAGUUCAAGUCCAACGAGGGUAACAGUGGCAAAGGCUUCCAAGUUCCAUAUGUCACCUAUGAUGAGGACUACCAGCAGCUGAUAGAGGACAUAGUGCGAGAUGGUAGGCUCUAUGCCUCUGAGAACCACCAGGAGAUACUGAAGGACAAGAAGCUGAUAAAAGCCUUGUUUGACGUGUUGGCCCACCCCCAGAACUACUUCAGAUACACGGCGCAAGAGUCCAAAGAGAUGUUUCCUCGCUCCUUCAUCAAACUUCUGCGCUCCAAAGUAACCAGGUUCUUACGGCCGUACAAAUAGACAGGGUCUCUCCACUGUCCUGUUAAAGACCCCCAUCAUCUUGCGUCAUUCCAUAUCCAGCUACCUACUUCUCCCCUGCCUCGGUCAAAUCAUUGAUGUACCCGUUCUAUGACUAAACGUCUUCAUUUUCCUGUAUUUGUCCUCAGUCCUGUUUGUCACAUGAUGCCUUUCUUCAUCUUUGACCCUUUUAAGUAGUAAUACAUAAUUAACUGACACCCCUCCCUCCAGUUAGUGCAGCUUUUUCUAUAAGGUUUGACUGAUGUAGGUUUUUGAAGGCCUGUAUUAAUAGUUUUAUAAUGUAGCAGAAGAUAACUGAUACAUUGUAUGUGUAUAUAUUGUUUCUUUAAAUUUGACCGUUUAAUGCCAAACAAGUACAAGUAUUAAGUGUUUUUUCUCAGUUUGGUAUGGUACAAUUUAGCAGCUCACCCCAUCUUUAUGCUAUGUCGGUGAGGGUGCAAUAUCUGGCAAUAUUAGUGGCGACUGUUCUAAUUGAAUAUUAAAUACUGAGUUUAAUAUUUUUGAAAAAAGUCAAAAAUAUAUGUAUACAAAGACAUAGUCAGACACAGCACAGCAGAUAUUGAUGAAGAACUACAAGAAUACACAAGGCUAAGGUAGCUUUUUUUUAUCAAUUUAGUAUAUUUAAUUGAAAUGAAAACUAUAUUAGCUGUUACAGUUGCUAUUAUAAUUUACUAAAUGUUUGAUCGAACAAUACAAUCAGUACAUUUUGCAAAUAAAAUACAAUUUGAGUUCAUGUUUCACAUGGAAGAACUUGCAUCAGAUCACCACUUCGGUGGCUGAUUCAUAACAGAUAUAAACCGAUCAGCCACAACAUUAAAACCAGUUACAGGUUUUUAUGUUGUGGCUGAUAGAUGGCAUGCUAGCAUUUUAUAAUUUGUCAUUAAUGGCUGCUUUUGAUUUUUUCAUUAUUUGUUAAAGCUUUACAGAUCAGUAAUAUUCUGUUAUUUUUCAUAAAUGUAAAGAACUUUGGGUGCCAGGUGUGAACCCAUGUUUAAAUGAAGUAUCCUUUUUUGUUUAUGUGUAUUUUCUGCAAAUGUAGCUUGGUUUAUCUUUUAGCUUAAAAGCUAAAAAGGCAAAUUACAGGAAGCUGCGCUGGCAGUCAACAACCAACAACUUAAAUGUGGGUUCACAACCUGGCAACUAAAAAUUUGUAAUAGUUAUACACUUAACGGAAUUUUUUCACAUUUUGGGAAGAUAGGCUUGUUAGUUUUAUUGAAGAGAAUAAGAAAAGAAAAAAGAAAAGAAAACGGGAAAAAACAAUGUAAAAAUAAGUGUAAAGGACCUUUCUGGUCCUAAUAAAAGCAGUUCUUUUUUUGUACGCAUGGACAGAGCCAUGCUAGCUGUAUUUCCCUCUUUCCAGUCUGUAAGGUAGGCUAACAGUCUCCUGGCUUUAGGUUCAUAUUUAAUAGACGGAUAUGAGAGUGGUAAUAAUCUACUAAUCUAACUCUUGGCAAGUAAGCAAAUUUCCAAAAUGUUGAACUAUUUCUUUAAAAAAAAAAGUGUAUUAAUAAUCUGCAAAGCAUAAAAAAAGUCAUUAAUUAUGCAUUCCUAAAGUCAUUUAACUACACGUUAUCGUAAAAUGGUACCCCCAGUAUUUAAUAAAAGGCCAGUGUCAGCAAAUAUAUAUAUCGGUCAAACCUAGUUUCUGCAAAACUUAUACUGUAUCUUCUUCUCUCCCAACCAUUCCCAGAUUUCUGCACCUUCUCUAACAACUUUGCAAUCUUCUUUUCACUCCCACCUCUCUCAUUUUGCUCUGCUCUGCUUUGUUUUCUGUGUUGUUGUUUUGUUUUUGUAAUAUUUAUACUGAACAUGUCAGAACUUGCAGAAGCCCACAUCACUGAUGUUAUAGAUAUAAAUACGUAGGAUAUACAUACAAACAUGUAAGAUGUGUAUGUUUGUGUAGAUAUACACAGGUAUACAUGCCCACACAGGGUGAAGGGAUGUGUCCCGAAUUAAAUUUCUUUAUUGGUCUUGAUGUGCACGAGACAGAGAUGAGUAAACAAUGGGUGCACUUAAAACACAUUUUAAUAUGGAAAAUAAAUUGGAAGAAAUGUUAAAGUUAGGAAAUGUAAACCAUUCCACCUCAGUGGAUGCUUUAUCCAUUGGAGCACAAGGAAAGAUUAAAUGGGGUGAAUAAGAGUCUAUAUUGUAAUUUUUUAUAAACAAAAAAGAUAUAUAACAAGAUGAGAUAAACUACCUGCAAGUAACAGAUUGUUACUUUAGAGAUACAUGUUUGUGAUGUAACUAGUAUUUGGAACUUUAAUUGCACUUGAAUUUUAUAUGUUAAACUAUAGGGGAAAAAAAAGAUCUAAGUUACGUAUUUGUUACCUUUCUUUUGUGUUGUUUUGAAAUGUGCCACAUGUGGCAGCAAUGAGAGAGAAAGACAGCUGUCUCCUUUUAUUGCUCCCACUGUGUAGCUAACAGUUUAAAACCCUUUAAUGCACAAAGUGAAGAAACAUUUAGACUGAAACAUAAACAUCCCAUAACUUGAGACUCUAUGUUAAACUAAAAGCGCACAGAGAAAAGACAGUGUAACAUUGCAUCACUGAAACUUGCCACCACCACUAUAGUUUGUCAGUGUUUCCACUGCCCAGUCCUGCUUCAUCCCGCAAACAUGUCCUAUAGCUGAGUGCGAGAAGAAGCAUCACCAUAAAGGCUUCUUGUAUGAUGGCACUACAUACAUACAGUACUACUAUAGUGUAUAUCUGUCUCUAAAAAACUAAUAUUUGCAUUCACCAAGAUGCACUCCCUUUCCAAUAAAUACAAAGUAUAGUGUUUAUACUAUGCUUAACCCAACUAAAUGUUUUUGUGUCAUUCCCACUGGUACUAAUGUGUCUAUGAAAUCCUAUCCCAGCAUACUGAAGAUGGAACUCUAUAUCUGCACAAUGCGACUGGAGAUAAAAAAAAACGUGUACAAUGUAACUGGGGUGUUGGUCUGGAGGUCAAUCUAGUGACAGGGACACAGUCGGAAUAAAAGGCAUCUCCUGUCAAAGAGUUUGUGUGUCCAAAGCACUUGCAGCUUCAACUGUAAGUCAGUGAACUUUAUCUGUAUGUUGGUGCUGUGUUAGCACAACAUACAGCUAGCUUCCCCUGAAAAAUGAUAAAAAUGUGUAUGUAAUAUCCCUUAUUUGUGGUAAUGCUUCUUUAGUUACUAAACGCAACAGUCCCAUUAUUCAUGAAAAGAGAAAGUUUCUACUCUUUGUGCUGGGCACAAGGACAAUGAAUGAGUGUCAGUGCUAAUUUACUUAUCAUAGCCCACUGAUUUUGGAUGAAACGACCAUCCUGGACAUUUUGCAUAUUAUGGCCCUCAUUUUUCAAAGCAUAGGUCUUUAGGUUUCCUCCGGAUAGCCAUUCGUGUCAGUGGAAAUUAACUUGUGGACCUUAGAAACCUUAGAAAACAGCAAAUGUCAAAACUGUCUCAACACUAAGUUCAUUUAAUAGCAGGUUUGGAACUUUCUAUUAUCUCGCAUGAUGUUCAUCAACAGAUGUAGUUUUUCGGGUCCUUUAAGUGUUUGGAAAAGGCCUAAAUUUGAAAUUUGAGCGUCUCCAAUUCCAGGACAAUUAGCCAAACUCCAUCAGCUGAUGAUGACCAUGUGAGAUAGUUGACAGCACCACAACUACUACUAAAUGGACUUUGAGAACAGUAUUGCUAUGUUGCUCGUAUUAUUCUGGUAAAAAGCAUUCUGACAAACUCUGAUUUGCUUUGGGAAAAUAGCUUCACAGCAGCUGCUAGCUAGCAAGCUAGUUGGAUGGUGACACAUGAAAACUCUAGGAGUUCCAAAUUUUUAUCGUUGUUUAUCUUCUUGAUUUGAUAGUCCAACAAUAUAUUUUUUGAACCCUGCAGUACAAGAUAUGGAAAUAAAAGUGAAUAAACAUCCCUAGCAAUGGAUUUUUCAGGUGUCUGCACAUUGAUUUUCAUAUUGUAUUGAAAUGCAACCAGUGGCUAUAAGGUAGGAAAUCAAUCAAAGAUCUUGUGCUGUGGAAAACAGUCUGCAGUCACGUGAAGUAUUACAGCUGAAGCAGGCAAAACCCCAAGUAUGGUCCUGCAUAGCACUGAGCUGGUCAUAGUUCGGGGUUUUAUUCCAAAAUAAGAUAUAAAAUAGUUGAGAGAACAAAUUACAAAAUGGGAAAUCAUUUAACAAAUAUUUUUUAAAUAUUUUAUUGGCACUAGCCGAUAAUCACCCCUUAGAAUAGAUAUACUCUUUACCAUAACCCCAAAGGUCCGUCACAUAAUUUCCCAAAAUAAAAGCAUAUUGUUGUUAGGUGUUGUUCCACGCCUUACCAAAUAGCUACAACACAGGCAUAUAUUUGGUACGUUCUAUUUCCUGUUUGAAUUGGGCACUGUUCACUAUGAGUGUUAUGAAAAAAUGAUAUGAAAUUCUCUAAAAUUUAUAAUUGACUUUUUUUUUCUGAGAAUGUAUUCUGUUGUGAAUGGGUUGGUGCAUGUGGUGUGUGCGAAAAUGAAUGUGUGAGCAGCAAGUGUGAGUGCUUCUGUGUGUGUUUGUGUGAGCAGUGAGUUUUUGUGCUGGGCAUCUAUGAUAGAGAAAGAGACUGUGUAUGUGUGUACUUUAGUCCAUUUUGUAGAGGAAUAAUUUUAACGUUUGUGUUAGUCGGUUGUACCCAAAGAGAGAAACUGUAACACAGUGUUGUGCCAUUGUUUCCUCCAUGAAACUCCAGUACUGAACAAAUUAAAUAAAACAGUAGCAGAAAACAGA